CGUCCAGGUGGAGCUACAAGGAGGAGAACUGUGGAGGAGAUUCCACCAGAUCGGGACUGAGAUGAUCAUUACCAAGGCCGGCAGGCGGAUGUUCCCCUCGGUGCGGGUGAAGGUGAAGGGCUUGGACCCUAGUAAGCAGUAUUUUGUUGCUCUGGACGUGGUUCCCGUGGACUCCAAGCGCUACAGAUACGUCUAUCACAGCUCCCAGUGGAUGGUCGCCGGAAACACGGAGAAUUCCUGCCUCUCCCCCCGCCUGUACGUGCACUCCGACUCCCCCUGCUCCGGGGAGACCUGGAUGAGACAGGUCAUCAGCUUCGACCGAGUCAAACUCACCAAUAACGAGAUGGACGACAAAGGACAUAUCAUUCUGCAGUCGAUGCAUAAGUAUAAGCCCCGGGUCCACGUCAUCCUCCAAGACUCCAGCUUUGACCAGAUCCAGUCUCUGCCGGAAGAAGGGGUGAAGACAUUUUCAUUCAAGGAAACAGAGUUCACCACAGUGACGGCAUACCAGAACCAGCAGAUAACCAAGUUGAAGAUUGACAGAAAUCCAUUUGCUAAAGGCUUCAGAGACCCAGGAAGGAACAGGGUUGUGAUGGACGGUCUCCUGGAGCACUACCCGUGGAGAUCUUCUCUCUCCUUAGACUUUAAGGCUUUUGGGGCAGGUACUCCUGGAAGAAGCUCUGGCUCUUCUCCGCUCACAUCCGGUGGGGGCGUUCCAUCCCCUCUGCUGUCUCCAUCUUGCUCCCCUCCUACGUUUCAGCUGCCCGCCAGGAGUCUUCAUUGCUCAGAGACCUAUCUGCACCCCGUGAGCGCCCCCUUCUACUACAAGGUCUGCCCUGGUGGCAUACUCCGACCGCGGUCUCUGCUGGACAAACGCGGGGCUCCGGGGGGGCACAUACUUUCUCCUGUCAUGGUGGAUGUCCCCUUCUUGUCUUCAUUUGGCUUCUGCAGACACAACAAACUGGAAACGUUCAGAGAUUCGGUAGUGGUGGGAGCGGCCGCCACCAGCCCCAUGCUGUGCGGGAUUCCCACAUCUGGGAACAUUCUGCCCUCCGCAGCUCUCGCCCGAGACGCCCUCGGCUGCUCCUUCCACUCGCCCUACGGCUUCUACGGAUACAACCUCACUGUGCCGUCACAUCUCAUCACCGCAGCCGCGAGUCUAAAGAUGACUGACACUUGUCCCGAAGCCUCUCGCUGGACACCGCCAUCUGCCAAUCAUUGCCUGUAA